UAAAAUAUAUAAAAUAAAAAAAUUCGAUUUCUAGGUGACCUUGGCUUAGUUUAUCAAUGCCUCAACCCCUCCAGCACAACUAGGCUUGACGACCUCCCCCAAAAAUCCGAAGGAUCCAAACAGGAACAAUGCUACUAAGAAGUCGCCUCUUCAACCUCCAACUCGCUUCCCUGUUUUCAUCUUCUUCUCCGCGUCAAAGAGCUUAUCCUCCAUUCUCUCUCUCCUUCCGCAACUCUCUUUCUCACUCCAAUCCUCGUUCCCCUCCCCAUGCCUCCGCCACAAAACCGGUUGUUUCCGAUGUCGCCAAGUUCGUCCGAACCGUCCUCUUCGUCCCGCCCGGGGUCGAACCGGACGAUGUCACCGACGACAUGGUCCUACCCGGUUCUAACAUCGUGGUUGGACCCUACGCCGGUGAUGCCAAGAUAAAGGAGGUCCAGUUCGUCAAGAGCAGCCCUCGGCCCAAGGAUUGCCCCAAGGACCACCGUCCCGAGUUUGCGAUGCUGGGUCGGUCCAAUGUUGGCAAGUCUUCGCUGAUUAACGCUCUCGUUCGCAAGAAAGAAGUUGCCCUAACUUCGAAGAAACCAGGAAAGACCCAACUUAUUAAUCAUUUCUUAGUCAACAAAAGUUGGUACCUUGUGGACUUGCCUGGUUAUGGGUUUGCUCAUGUCCCAGACUCUGCUCGGAUGGAUUGGUCCUCAUUCACCAAAGGCUAUUUUUUGAACAGAGAUACUCUAGUUGCUGUUCUACUUCUGAUUGAUGCUAGUGUACCACCUCAAAAAAUUGACCUUGACUGUGCUAAUUGGCUCGGUCGGAACAAUAUACCAAUGACUUUUGUUUUCACAAAGUGUGACAAAGUGAAGGCGGGUAAAGGAAAAAGACCUGAUGAGAACAUCAAGAAUUUCCAGGAGCUGAUCAGAGAAAACUACAGGGAGCAUCCUCCGUGGAUCAUGACUAGUAGUGUCACUGGUUUGGGUAGAGAUGACCUCCUUUUGCAUAUGUCACAACUGAAGAACUAUUGGGAGAACUAGGAGCCUGGUGGAACAUUUUGUGAUGUCUUCUCCUUUGGAGAAGGUAAUGCCAUAACCUCAAGAUUUUGAUAGGACCUGCUAAUUAGUGAUCUACUGAUAUUGUAUCAUAUAUCCAGAGGACCUGUUCAAAUGAACCAACUGAAGUUUGUAAUUUUGUUUCAUGGUGGGAUGUAAAUUCUCUGUAUCUAUCUAUCUAGUUGAUUGUGUUGUACAUUAUUCUCGAAACAUAUUCAAUUCACUGAAAUCAAUGUUUGCUUUAUCUAGCAA